GCCCCGCGCUCCGAGUCUGUCACUCGGGGUUUGGCCGCCGGACGGAGAAGAUGAAGAUCUGGACCUCGGAGCACGUGUUCGACCACCCAUGGCAAACUGUUACAACAGCAGCAAUGCAGAAAUACCCCAACCCCAUGAAUCCCAGCGUGGUGGGAGUGGAUGUGUUGGACCGAUCGGUGGACUCUAAUGGGAAGCUGCACAGUCACCGGUUGCUGAGUACUGAAUGGGGGAUGCCUGCCCUGGUUAAAUCGAUCAUUGGAGCCUCCAGAAGCAAGACUUACAUAGAGGAACAUUCAGUGGUUGAUCCGGUGGCCAAAACAAUGGAACUUAAAUCCAGUAACAUCACUUUCACAAACAUGGUGUCUGUGGACGAAAGAUUGGUUUACAAGCCUCACCCCCAAGAGCCUGAAAAAACUGUUCUCACUCAAGAAGCAAUCAUCAGCGUAAAAGGGGUCAGUCUGAGCAGUUAUUUAGAAGGGAUGAUGGCCAACACCAUAUCUGUUAAUGCCAAUAAGGGAAGAGAUGCGAUGGAAUGGGUAAUUGGCAAAUUAAACAAUGAAUUAGAGGACCUGAAAGCAUCGACCAGAGCAAGCAUGAGAACGUCGAUGGCUGCUGCUGCCUUUGUAGAGGAAUGAUGUUGGGAGUGCGUGGUUCCAGUAGGAUAUGUUAGAUAUUUAUACUUUGGAGCUGUAGCUCCACUCCACGCCAUUCAUUAUUUAUUCUUAUUUAAGAAUUUAUCUGUAUUAAAUAGGUUUUCUAAUUAAAAUGUGGAGGGGAGCUACAGCUUUUGGGAACAAUUAAGGGGAAUGUAGUGUCUCCCCAGUUCUACGGAGGGGACUGAAUGCAACUUCAAACGUGCCGCAUGGCAGCUUCAACUCGGACCUCGGAUUAAUAAACAGCUUUGUGGUACCUACGACGGUGUAGAAUGCGUCCUCCAUAGCGUAAUUCUACCGUUAAUGUUAUGGGACCAAGCGUCAUUUCUUGCAGCAUCACACUCUGGUCUUGCUUCUGGAAGUGAAAUCCCCAUAAGGCCCAUAUAAAAUACGAGAUGUGUUCCAAUUCCUGACGCUUUUCUUUAGCCUCAAUUUCUGGCCUUCAGGAGCCACUCGCAAAUAGCGUGGCACUGUGUCUCCAUUUAGUCUAUAAAUUCUGAUAGGCCUAGUGUGACUGCCAGUAAUUCCUACUUGUUGGAUGCUACAUGUUAGGAAACUGUUAGUAGUAAUGUUUGUUACUAUCUGAUUGGUAUCGGAGUAUUAUUGGGUAUAGCUGGGUGAGGACACAGUGCUGACCUUUUCGAGGUAAAUGUUAAAAUGAGUCAAUCUCGAAUGCAAACUUUGGAACAAAUAAUACUUGAGUCUCUGUAAAAUUGCUCAAAUGUUCGCGUCAGCCUGAUAAUAUGUAGCAAGACUUGGCGUUAAGUAAACUCUGAAAGAAUGGCGCGUAGCCAUGUAUAACGUGGAAUGCGCAGGGUGAUGGGCAUAUGGCACAUAAUGGUGAUGAGCUCUAAAACUGGAGCAAUAUGCAGGAACGUUCUGGUAAUUUCCAUAAUGCUCUUUCUGUUUUUAGCUCCUGACACUUUUUAUCAAAAUAAAUAGAAGUGAUGACUGGAGAGUGAAAAUAUAUUUAUAGCACAAACGUGAAAUGAAUGUGUUCGGCAAGUUUUUUGUUUUUUUUUAAAUAUGAAUUUUGUGAUUUGCUCUCUUCACAAAAUGUAUGCCUUUCUAACAUUUUGUUCUUUUGUAACAAAUGAAACGAUCUUUGUUUUCAAAUAUUUGCUCUGUGCUGUCCAUGGAUGUUUUCCCAAAACUGUUAGAAAACGCAGUAUUUUUCUAAAUUGGUUCCCUCUUCAGUUAGCAUUAUUCAGAACUUCUGAACAUGUUGCAGCAAGCGGAUGGUUCUAUUCUCUAGAGCAGGAUUUGUUAGCUAUAACAAAGCAAGUGGCACAUUUCAAGCUAAAGCAACCAAACCGGGG